CUUUCUCUUUCUUGUUUCAGCCAAUUUCUUCAAAUGUGUGGCAUUUUUGGUUAUCUCAAUUUUCUUGUCGAAAGAGAUCGUCGUUUCAUCAUUGAUACCCUUAUCCAGGGAAUGGCCAGACAAGAAUAUAGAGGUUAUGACUCUGCAGGUCUGGCUGUUGAUGGUGAUACCGAUGAUGAGACCUAUAUUAUUAAGCAAGCUGGCAAGGUUGCUGCUCUCAAACAGCUGAAUUUCAAACAAAAAAUUGAUUUUAACAAGACUUUCAUCAGCCAUUGUGGAAUUGCUCAUACCCGUUGGGCCACUCAUGGACAACCUUCACAGAUCAACUGUCAUCCUCAUCGAUCGGAUCCCAAGAAUGAGUUUGUUCUUGUGCAUAAUGGAAUCAUUACAAACUUCAAGGAAAUCAAAACUCUUCUACUUAAGAAAAACUAUGUGUUUGAGAGUGACACCGACACAGAAUGUGUGGCCAAACUUACAAAAUAUAUAUAUGACACUCACACUGGACCGCCCAUGACAUUCACAUCUUUGAUUAAGGCUGUUAUUAAGGAAUUGGAGGGUUCGUUUUCCUUUCUCUUUAGAAGCUCUCAUUUCCCUAAUGAGAUUGUCGCUACUCGUCGUGGCUCCCCUUUAUUGAUUGGUGUCAGGACAGCUCAUAAACUCAAAGUUGACUUUGUUGAUGUUGAGUUUGGUGCUGACAAGGAUUUUUUGGCUGCCAAAGAACCUUCUGACUUCUUGGCCUCCGUUGGUCAAUCAGUCUCUCCUACAUUAAACCGCACCCAGUCGAGGGCUUUUUUGACUGAGGAUGGCCUUCCCCAGCCCAUUGAAUUCUUUAUCGCAUCAGACGCAGCUGCAAUUAUUGAGCAUACCAAGCGAGUGCUAUAUCUUGAGGAUAAUGAUAUUGCUCAUAUUUCAGAAGGAAAUCUUCACAUCCACCGUCUGCGUAGAGACGAAGGCGCAACUAGCAUUCGCUCCAUUCAAACCCUUGAAAUUGAACUAGCUGAGAUUAUGAAAGGCUCCUUUGAUCACUUUAUGCAAAAAGAGAUUUAUGAACAGCCUGAGUCUGUUGUCAAUACUAUGCGUGGACGUGUCAAUUUUGAGAAUCACAAGGUGACGCUCGGUGGCCUCCGCGGCUUUCUUCCUAUUAUUCGUCGUGCAAGACGUAUUGUAUUUAUUGCCUGUGGAACAUCUUAUCACAGCUGUCUGGCGACACGCCCGGCCUUUGAGGAAUUGACGGAGAUUCCUACUCAGAUGGACUUGGCUUCUGAUUUUCUUGAUCGUAAGACAGCUGUUUUCCGUGACGAUGUCUGUGUGUUCGUCUCGCAAUCCGGUGAGACUGCAGAUACGAUUCUAGCCAUGCGAUACUGUCUAGAGCGUGGUGCUUUGACAGUGGGUGUAACGAACACAGUCGGAUCCUCCAUUUCUCGUGAGAGUCACUGCGGCGUCCACAUCAACGCGGGUCCUGAGAUUGGUGUUGCUUCUACUAAAGCAUAUACUUCACAGUAUAUUGCUUUGAUUAUGAUGGCACUCCAACUGGCUGAAGAUCGAUCAUCCAUGGCAGCUCGUCGUGAGGAAAUCAUUGAAGGUUUAUUUAGGUUGCCUGAUCAGAUUAAAACCGUGCUUGCUUCAGAUAGCAGUCUUCAACAGUUAGCAUCCAAGACGUUAUCUAGUGAAAAGAGUUUGUUAAUUAUGGGCCGUGGUUACCAAAAUGCUACCUGUCUUGAAGGUGCACUUAAGAUCAAAGAAAUUUCGUAUAUGCACAGCGAAGGUAUUCUGGCUGGUGAACUCAAGCACGGUCCUUUGGCAUUGGUAGACGAGAACAUGCCAGUUAUAUUGAUUAUGACCAAGGACUCGCUAUAUCCCAAGGUACAGAGCGCACUCCAACAGGUCACUGCUCGCAAAGGACAGCCUAUCAUUAUCUGCAACACUGGUGACGCCAACCUUAUCAACGAUUACAAGACAAUACAAGUCCCACUAGCUGUCGAUUGUCUUCAGGGACUUAUUAAUAUUAUUCCUCUUCAGCUCUUGUCGUAUCAUCUAGCAAUCUUGCACGGUGUUGACGUUGACUUUCCUCGUAACCUUGCAAAGUCUGUCACUGUAGAGUAAAAAAGUAGAAAAAAAGUUAGUUACGGCUUGCCAUAUUAGGAAAAAUAGUUUUCUCAAUAAAUCAGUCUUCCAUUCGUCCUAUUCGCAAGUC